GUAUUCCUUGAUGAGUCAAAUACUGGAAUACAGUAUUUGACUAUCGUUGGACUUAAAAUAUUUAAGGAUUGUUUUGUCUUUUAUAAAAUGCAAAUAAAAAUGAAAUGUGCAGUGAACUUUGUGAUGAUGCGGGUGGUGCCUGAGGACCAAGACUAUUUUUUUUUGGGGGGGGGGGCCUAAAACUAGAAUUAUAUAUUAUCCAGUUUCCUCAAAUUUAGGGUUAGCAGAUCUAUAAACAAUGUCAUGAACACGAAUAUACCUCAGCUAGUAAACCAUGUUUAGCUCCAUCACAUCGACUUCCUCAAAUCUGCCACAGCAAAUUGUAUUUUCUUCCAACAUCACAUUUCCAUACAUAUGGAUUAAAAACGUGAGAAAUUGAAUAUGAAAUCAUGCAAAGGUUGAUAGUUUUGCCACAUUAAGUUUCACCUAAUUUUCUGCUCAAUGCUGCCUGUCAGGCAAUCAGUUUAUCUACAGUUGAGUUUCGAUACACUUGUGCUGUUACAGCUGUUUAAGCCUGGCCAGGUACGCUGUGGUGAACACUCCGACUAUGGUACAGUCACUCUGUUGUUCCAAGAUGGUAUUGGGGGCUUGGAGGUGAUGAAUACUGAUGACAUGACUGGGUAUGACAUGUUUCAGGUGAUGAAUACUGACGACGUGUAUGUUCCGGCCCAGCCUGUCCCUGGCGCCAUCGUUGUCAACAUUGGUGACCUAAUGCAGCGAUGGACGGCAGACAAGCUUAAAGCCACAAAACACCGUGUUCUGAUUCCUGAGGCAGAACUAAAGAAGCAUCAGAGUCGACAGUCAGUGGCAUUUUUUGUGCACCCAAAUGAUGAAACAAUUAUAAGAUGCCUGGACGGUUCAGAUAAAUAUGAACCCAUCUCAAGUAUUGAUUAUCUGAACUACAGGUUCAGUUUGACUUACUGAGGAUGAUCUCAGAUAUCGCGGGAGAUAAGAAAUAUCACCGUCAAAGGUGGAGUAGUAUAGUUACAAUUGCUGUAUAUAAGAGUAUGUAAAGAGUAUAUUUGUUUCAUUGCUAUGCAAUAUUUACAUGCAUUCCAUGCAUUCAUCACCUUCAUGCUCAUGUGUAAUUUUUGGUCUUCAGCAGCCCAUGCUUGCCGUAAAAGGCGACCAUGCUUGUCGUACGAAGCGACUAAUGGGAU